CAGGGGUUAGCAAAGUUGGGUGGUUCAGGGUUUCUGAGGGGCAUCAGGGACACUGGGGGGACCUGGAGGGAAUUGAGGCUCUGGUGGUGGUUCAGGAUUGCCGAGGGUGGAUGGGGAAUCAAAGUCACCCCUCCAGUUUUCCUUUGCAGCUGCCAGGAAGCUCCAGGAAAGGGCCCCCCCGCUGGAGGAUCCUCAGGCCACCUACAUGGAGCUGCGGGGGCCACAUGGGCAACCUUGGGAACCCAGUGACAUCUAUGGCAAUCUACAGCAAAACCUCCAGGAAGCCCCAGGACAGGACCCCCCGCAGGAUGGGGCUGGGCUGGACCCCCACGUCGUGGGCACCGAGCGGGCAGGGGGGACCCCCCCAUCACCUCCCCCAGGUGAGCACGAGGAGCUGCCGGGACCCCACGGGCGACAGCGGGACCCCAAUGACAGCUACGAGAACAUUCUGUGACACUGGGGGACACUGGGGACACUGGGGACACUUGGAGACCCCACCCGAGGGCCCCCCCUGUGUGUCCCCCGCCAGGUUCCCGCACUGGGCUGCUGCCUUGGUCUCUUGUGCCCGGGCGCUGCCGGUGCUGGUGCCGGGAGCGAUUGGUGCAAAGCGUGAGUUUGCCAAAGGAGCGAUUUGCCCUGGUCCCUCCCGGCCGAGGCCGCCAUGGCCCCUGAGGGGUUGGAGCUGGCACCGGGGCGCCCCCUGCUGGCCGGAAGUGCUCCCGUGCAGCGCCCCCUGCUGGCCGGGAGUGCUCCCUGCAGCGCCCCCUGCUGGCCGGGAGUGCUCCCUGCAGCGCCCCCUGCUGGCCGUGCCCAGAACUGCACCAAAGAUGAACAAACAGCCCUGAGCGGGUUGGAAAUUUCUGUUCUGCUCUUGCUGUUUGUUCAGUUCUAUUUUAAUAAAUUUUCUAAUAAUUUGACUGUUAUUCCUUUUCUUACAUUUUUUCCUGUAAGCCCCAUAAUUUUCACAGUUAUCUCAGUGUGGAGGGACGGGUCCUCUUUCCAUUCCAAGAAGGUUCCCGAAGGUUCCUGCUUUCCUUGGCAGAUGUUUCUCUUUGUAACCAAGAUGGUUUCCAACUCUUGGAUUCCAGCGUGAAUGGGGCAGACACUCCGAGAGCAGACAGGUUCAGAAACUUGGCCACCUCUUGCUCUGCCUUUUAAGCCCUUGGGCCACCAAGGGCCCUCUCCCAGGGACUUCAGGUCCCUCGGCCACUCAGGAGCUGGGUUUGGCAGAGCGUCACCCUGUCCCCAGUGACCCAUGGUUCACAGACUGAUUAACACAUGGGGCC